AUGUUGUGGAAAAUUCAUCAUCUAUUUUAUUAUCAAUUUAAAGAAAUUGUUGAAUGUCGACAUAAUCGAUGGUAUCAGAUAAAGCAUUCAUCUGAAACCAUUUUACUUUCAAUAUUUUCCAUGCGCAUAACUUUUGGAAUGAUCAGUUAUAUGUUUGAUGAAAAUUACAUACAAUAUUGGAUGAUUGAUCCAUUUUGUUUCUAUCUGAUUCAAUCUUUUCGACAAUUGUUUCGACAAUAUUUAACGUUCGCUUUAAUAUUGACAUUAUUGGGAGUUUUUGGUAAAUUCACAUUCUUCUUUUCUCGUGUUGAUACAGUUACAUUUCUUACUGUGUACGAAUUGGUGGUAAAUAAUAUUGAACAAUUUCAAGAAUGUAAACUAACCAAGUCGGAAAUAGUCCAAAAUAUGGAAAAAAGUUUCAAGAAUAGUUACCGAAAUAUUAGUAAAUCAAAUCGUUUUAUUCCAGAUAUUUUGAUUCGAUUUUUUUGUCGAUGUCGAAUAUUAUGGCAAACUUAUGUGGAUAAAUAUCCCAUUCAGAUUGAUGGUGAAAAAUGGACACGAGUAAAACCAUUACGAACGAAAUUGCAUGUUAUUUCUGAUGAUCGCUUAAAGAUGAUUAAAUUUCUAACACUAAUCAAUCCAAUCAUCACUAUAUUACAUAUUGGUUUAUUCUUCAUAAGUUCCAUUGUAAUGUAUGAUUUAUAUAAUACAGUUUUUGAUCAUUUUCCCAAUGAUAGUAUUGUCGUCAAAAUCAUUCUUAUGUUGGAUAUUAUUAUAAUCAUUUACAAUGUUAUUGCGAUUGUCCAAUGUGGGCUGCUUUUUGUCUUAUUCUCACUCUGUUAUGGAAUAUUGUUAAAAUGUCUUUUGGAUAGAUUGAAUCGUCAAUUAAAGCGUAUAGCAUCUGUUUGUCGAAAACGUAAUAGAUAUUUAGUAUAUUAUGAAAAAUUUACAAUGAUACCAUUGAUGAGACGAACAAUAAUGUUCUUGAAUUAUAUCUAUCGACAGCAUAGUUAUAUUUGCUAUGAUGUACUAUAUUGUUAUCAAGAAAUAUGGGGUAAUGCUUUAUUUGGUUAUCUAAUGAUAAGCAUACCAUUUAAUGUGAUCGCUGUAACCACUUUGUUCACUGAACAAUUAACCUGGAUGGAAAUGAUUAUACAAUAUAUAAUCAUCAUAAUACAUGCUGCAAUAACUGUAUUGUCUUUGUUUCAAUUCUCACGAGAAACAAAACUAUUAAAUGAAGCAAAAUUCCAUCUAGUACCAAUCAUACAAUCAUUGGUUAUCUAUAAUAGAGCCGUUGUAUUUGGAUUAUAUGACAUUAAUCAAAAUCAAUCCACGAUUUUAAGUCUAAAAAUAAAAUAUUGUGAUCUAUUCAAUAGAUUGACGAAUGGACGAAAAUAUGGACCCAAUGUUUCGACAGUUGGUGUAAUCACAAACAUGUUUAUAUUCAAUAUGGCGAUAACUUAUGUUGGUAUAUUCAUCUUUAUAUCAUCUCAUCUUGAUUUUGACAAUUAAAACGAAUCAAAAUUCCUAUUUGAUGUAAAAAAUGAACACAUUUAGGCAUAUA